AUGCAGGUGAGCCACUACGGCAUUCCAGAGAAGAGGCCGGGUGGCUCUCCAGCACACCCAGAAGCCUCAGUGAAAAAAGCAGCAGUGGAUGCCGGCUUGGAGUGCGUCUACUUCACCCUCUGUUCUCCUGCCAUUUAUCUACAAAAAAUCUUUUCCCACAACUGGCAUAUCAUCAGAGGUGCAGUUAGAAGUAUAAAGAUCGCCCAGUUGAAAAACCGGACGGAGCAGUGGCUGGCCAUUCCCAGCUGGUUUAAAUCAAGGCAGGAAUAUGCCAAUAAAGAACCCAAGGAGAUACCGUUGACCGACUGGUUUGAUCCACGCGCACGAAUGGAUGUCUCCACUCUGACCUCAUGGUCAGCCCCAAUCAUAUGGGACGGCACCUUCCAGAAAUCGGUCUUGGAAGACUACUACAAGGAGAAGAAAGUGACCAUCGGCUUGACGGUUUUCGCCAUUGGGAAGUAUCUGGACAAAUACUUGAGGAACUUCUUGACCUCCGCAGACGCCUUCUUCAUGAGCGGCCACAACGUGAUCUUCUACGUCAUGGUGGACGACCUCUCGAAAGUGCCGUUGAUUGAGCUGAGCCCACUGCGGACGCUGAAAACCUUCUACGUGAAGCAGGAGAGCCGGUGGCAAGACGUCAGUAUGAUGCGGAUGAAAGUCAUCGGGGACCUCGUCGAGAGCCACGCCCGCCACGAGGUGGACUUCCUCUUCUGCAUGGAUGUCGACCAAAUCUUCCAAAGCAACUACGGGGUGGAGGCUCUCGAUGAGUCCGUGGCCCAGCUCCACGCUUGGUUUUACAAGGCGGACAAGUACUCGUUCACGUACGAGCGGGACCCCCAGUCAGCCGCCUAUAUCCCCUAUGAGGAGGGGGACUAUUACUACCAUGGGGCCGUGUUUGGGGGCACCCCUCAGCACGUCCUGAACCUCACCAGGCAAUGCUACGAGGGCAUCAUGAGGGACAAAGGGCACAACGUGGAAGCGGUGUGGCACGACGAAAGCCACUUAAACCAAUACUACCUCCUUCACAAACCGACCAAACUGCUGUCCCCCGAGUACUGCUGGGAUUAUAAAAUGGGCAUCCCCUAUGAGAUUCAAAACAUCAAGUUGGCCUGGAUGCCGAAAGAAUACGAAGAGGUCCGAAAUAACCCGUGA